GCUACUGUGGCUACUAGUUGCAAUUUGCAUGCGUUGUUUACAUUUUGCACAUGUUUAAGAAAUCUAUAUUUUGCAAUUAAAUGAAUGUGAAAAAUGACAGAAGAUCCAUUAAAUAAUGUCAAUUUUUCAUGGACGAUUGUUAAAAGCACAAUCUCAGAACGUAUAAUAAAUAAUUCUGUAACUCACACAUUUCACGAUAAUAAACUACUAAAACGUACUAAAUUUCUAAACAAGGAAUUAAGUAAAUAUUCACGUUUCAAAAGUUAUGCUCAUUAUGUGAAAGUUAAAAGUGCUAUUUUGAAGAAACUACCAAUAGAUAAAGAUAGUGAUUCGAAUUUAAACUCUACAAAAAAUAAUCAUAACUUGCCUUGCAAUUCUCAUUCUGAUUCUUCCUGCUCCGACGACGAAGAAUAUAAUCAAAGUGGAAAUUCAAUCACUGACAGACAUUCUUCGAUAACACUUAAAGAUGUGACUAAGAAAAAUAAUUCAAUUGAUAUCACGAGGAAAAAACGACUAGAAACAUCAGAUUCUCCUUCAUCUUCAAAUGUCAAGGAUUCUUUCAAAUUGUCUCGAGUUUCUACACGUCGCAAAUCAGCCACUCAGAGCAAACUCACGUCAUUUCUUAAAAAAGAUGAAAGUAUUUUGCACGAUAAAAAAAGUUCACUGAGAGAGAAAGCAAUUAUUUCAAAUGAAAAUGAAACUGUGACAAUCAAUUCCAGUCGAAAGUCUCGAAAGAAUUCUACUCAAAUUUCUCCACCGACUAGUAAUUGUAAAAGUAGAGGAGAGCAAAAUAACCAUGAAACCAAAACCUUAAAAACUCGAGAAGAUGUUAAGAAAAAUUUAUCAUUAAUCAUAAGUAAUGUGGAUACAAAAGAUGUGACUGAAGAGAACAAUCUUAACGAAAGUCAUUACGAUUCGGAAUUGAGCCUAUCAAAUGCGUUAGCAGUGGCACAAAGUACACAAUAUCCAGACGAUUCUUCUGAUGAAAGUCAGAGCAAAGAUUAUUAUAGUCAAUCAAAAGAUUCAGGCGUUUCUAAUGCAAAUAGUGUUUGUAAUGGUUCCAGUGGUGAUGAAACAUUCGGUGAAAAAAUUACAGAUCCGUAUUCAAGUGAAAAUGAAACAUUGAGGUACACUGAUAUUGAACAAAAUUCUAACCAAAGAAAAAAGAAAUCUUUAAAAAUAACAGAUACUCAAAUAUUUAACAAUAUAGUUAAAAUUGUCGAUAACAAACAAAUUUCUUAUAAUUUUCAUAAAAAAGAGUUGAAAAGUACAGAGAGUGACGUGUCUAAAGAAAAUAAAAUUGCAUUAGAAGAGUUUAAAAGUCAAAGCAAUAAUGAGAAAGAGAAAUCAAUAGAAAAUAAAAGGGAAAUAGAAACAAAAGAUGAUAAGGAAGAAAUGGAAUCGAAAGAUGAUGAAGCACUAAAAAAUGAAAAUGAUGAGAGUCAAAUAAAAGUGAUAGACGACGAAAAAGAAAAACAUUUUGCCGCAGAAGAAGAAAGUGAAAGUGGAGAGGAUAUAGGGAAAAUUAAAAAAUUUAUUAUCAGAAAAUCAGUGAAUGCAAAAAAUGAUAUCAAAAAGACCCCAAGUAAAGAAAAGUCAGACGAGUUUCAAGGUUCGGCUCAAAAACAAAAUAAAGAUGAAGACAGUGGCAACAAUAAUCGACAAAUAACUGAAAUCGAUACAGAAGAUUUUUCAAAAUCUCAAUGUUUAGUGGAACAAAACGACCAGGAAGUACAAGAUGAAAGUGCAGAAUUUUUCGAACCUAAUUCUUCCGAAGAUGAAAAAGAAACAGAACAUCAAGAACAAGAACUCACACAAAAAUACGUGAAACAUAGUAGAACGGAUGAAAAACGAAAUUCCAUUGAAAAAAGAUCAGAAAUGUCAAGUAGUGAAAAAGAGGAGAAUAAAACAAGCGACGAGGAUGACAUGGAAGAUACCGAAUUAUUAGAAAAGACACCAGCAAAUUUAAGUAGUCAAAAUUCUAAUUUAACAGAUAAUUCUCAAUUUAAUGACAAAAAUAAAACGGGAAGAAGUAGCAGUGACGAGGAAAACAAGGAAGAGAACAACUUUCUGCACAAUAAUCAAUCUCAAGAUAUGAUGAUUUAUCAAUAUACAAGUGACGAAGAUCAGGGGAAAAUAUUGACGCAAUUUAGAGAACGUACAAAUUCAAUUUCCGACGAUGAAGAAAUGCGACUAACUCUGGAAAAUGAACAAAAUGAAGACAAUUUCCAUAAUUUAGAUGAUAAUAAAAUAACGAUUGAAGAACACAAAAUUGAAAUUCCCGAGGAACAUUCUGAAGAUACAGAAAUGAUGUCUGCUCAAUCAUUAAAAUGUGUUAAUCAAAGAAAACGAUUGAAUUUAAUUACUGCGAUCGGAACAAGUUCAUCUGACGAAGAAGUUAGCAAGAAAACAAUUAUUAAAAAUAAAAAACAUAUCAUUAAACUGACAUCUUCUGAUUCAGAUAGUGAGGUAGAUUCGAAAAAAAUAGCACAUAAGAAAAAGAAGAUAAAGAAAAUUGAAAAAUCACUCAAAAAAGAAAGAUCGAAAUCAGAAGAUUCAGUCAAGUCUGAAUGUGAUAGUCAUGAAGACAAUAAAAAAUCCAAAAAAAAGAAGAAGAAAUCGAGAGCUUCUGCAGAUAAUGAAGUCAUUGAAGAAAAAUAUCAUAAAUCUGAUAAAACAAAGAAAAUUUUUAAAGAGAAAUUUGUUCAAAGCUCAAGUGAUUCGGAGGAAGAGGACAACAAAAAAAGAAAAAAAAUAAAUAAAGAGAAAAAUCUUCGUGAAAACACACCAAAGAAGAACAAUUCACAUUUAGAAAAUUCAGGUAAAAUUUCUGAAGAAUCUCAAGAAUCCUCAAAUCUGUCGCAAACAAACAUUAAAAACAUGGAGAAGAAAAAUUCAUCUUGCGAGGACGACACUGAUUUUCAAUCUUAUGUAAAAGACGGGAUUUCUUAUUUUAAACAGAAAGAGGAAACAUGCAAGUCUAAGAAGCAAAAAAAGUCGAAAAAAGAAAAGAAUGAAAUGCAACAAGAGUUGAAAAAAGUUGUCAAUAAGAAAACUUUAAGCACGAGUCAAAUUAUCGACGAAACGCAGUCUCAAAAUAUCGUUGAUCCUUCUCAAAUUAUUUCUGAACCAAGCAUUCAAAUCUCGAUGAUUGAUAAUAGCACAAAAUCGAGCAAGUCCAAGACAGAUGUUGAAAUUGGGUCUCUUGACUCUAAAGUAAUAAAUGAGUUGGAUGACUUAAUUCAAAAGGAAAAUUUAAUUGAAUGUAAUUUACCUUCGCAUUUUACUGUAAACGAUAUUUCAGAAAAUGAAGAAGUUUGGGUUUUCGAAAUUCCAAAGAAGGAAGUGUCGAAUGAUUGGAUAGGCAAAAAAUUUUCUUUUAAUGGAACCGAAUUAAAAAUAGGUAAUAAUAAUUAUCAAGCGACUAGCAAAAAAAUAAAAUCUAUGACUUGUGUUUUAAGUUCUGAAAAAUCCAAGAGACCCUAUAAAGCAGUUCAUUUUCAACCAAUUUAUUCAAUUUACGUCCGAUCUAAAAAUUCUGUAAAUAAUUCAAUUGAUGAGGAUAAUUCUACAAAAGUGAGUUCAGAAUCCAGGAAAGAUGAGGAAAUUAUUAAAAAAAUAAAAAGGAAGCAUUCUUCAAAAAUCUCAAGUGUGGAAACUGAAACGCCUGAAAUUAAGAAAAGAAGACUUAGUUCUUUUUCAUCUGAAAAUGAUGAUAAUAAAAAUGAUUCAAAAAUAAAUAUUAAGAAAAAGAAAUUGUGGAGCAUAAAUGAUUUUCUCCUCGAUGAAAAACCACCUGCUUUGCCAUCGAAGCAUUUGAAUAUUCAUAGUCCAAAGUGUAACAUAAUUUCCUCGGAUGUAGAAAUUACCGAUGAUGAGAUAAAAACGAAAAAGGAAAAACUCGAGAUUCAAAGGAAAAGUCCACUUAUUAUUACGAAAAAGAAAACUAAAAUUUCCCCGAAAAAAGUGAAAGAUGAGAAAACUUUUAAAUCUCCCAUGAAAAGGGAAAAAAGUAAUAUUUCCGAAGGUGUGAAAGAGAAAAAUAAACAAGUAGAUAUAAAAAUUAAAAAGAAAAAUAAAGAAGAAGAUGUUCAGGUGAAAAGAAAAAAAUCAAUCACUUGGAAUGUUGAGAGUAUGUCCGAUGUAAAAGAUGAAAAAAAUGAUGUGACAGAAAUUUCUAAAAAAUUUAAAAAAUCGAAGGAAGUUGGUAAAAAGAUAAAAAAUAUUUUGCGAGAAUUCCAACCAAACAAAAAGAAUGAAAUCGUUACGACAGACACUUCAGAUUUCGAAGUUAAGGAUGUAAAAAAACGUGAAAAAAAAUUAUUGAAGAAAAAAGGAAGACUUUCGGAAAAUUUGAAUGAUACUGAGAGUUCCACACAGGAGGAUAUUAAACCUAAAGAAGAAAAGCCGAAAAAAAGGACAACAAAAUUAAUUGACUUUGAUCACUAAAUUUUCAUGUUAAUAAAAUAUGUUUAUACAAUUUUAAUACAAUGAUGUGUUGAUUAACUAAUAAGAAUAAAAUGUUUGACUAUU